AGCAUAGCAAAUAAAAAACAAACAUAAAACUGCAAAGUCAAUAAGGGCAAGCUAUGCCUUUUGGCAGCCAUUGCAUUGCAAACAAGACUUUCUCAACAAACACCAGACGGUUACAUUACACCCCAUCAUCAAUUUUAUUCUUUCCUUUUAAUAACCUCUUUCUAUCAUAAGAGGCUCUUUUGCUAUAAGCUUUCUCUGUUCUCAGUCUCUCUCUUCUUCUUUUUUCAUCUCCCACAGAGGACGGCAGAAUCGGUGACUACCCACUUCCUAUUAGCAGAAGAGUUAGAUGUUGAGUGAUAUGCGGAAAAGGUAAGGCGGGGUUGAAUUAUAUGGAUCGUCUCUGUUGCUUCAAACCUGCCAGUGCCACUCAGCCAGCAGUAACCUCUGAACAGUGGCAGAUACUGACUGAGGGCAACACGGAUAUGAGUAGAGACUUGGAUAAUAACUAAACUUGAGCUUGUGCUCUUCCUUUGGUGCUUUAAGGCGGCUUCAUUGAUGUGAUUAUCUAUGAGAUGCCAAGCUAAAUACUGGUAUCUAACUCUGGCAACGGCAAGAGCCAUAUGGGCCCAGUUAAGUAUGGCUUUAGCCUCGUUAAAGGGAAAGCAAACCACCCGAUGGAGGACUAUCAUGUAGCAAAAUUUGUCCAGUUCAGAGGGCAAGAGUUAGGACUUUUUGCUAUAUAUGAUGGACACUUGGGAGACACUGUGCCAACCUAUUUACAAAGGCAUCUCUUUUCUAAUAUCUUGAAGGAAGAUGACUUCUGGACUGAUCCAAACAGUUGCAUCGUUAGAGCUUAUGAGACAACAGAUCAGGCCAUUCUUUCUCACAGUCCUGAUUUGGGGCGAGGAGGAUCGACUGCAGUGACUGCAAUUCUUAUAAAUAAUCAGAAGUUAUGGAUAGCAAAUGUUGGAGAUUCACGAGCAGUUCUGUCAAGGAGAGGGGUGGCUAUACAGAUGACUGUUGAUCAUGAGCCCAAUACUGAAAGGGGUAUCAUAGAGAACAAAGGCGGCUUUGUCUCAAACAUGCCAGGUGAUGUAGCAAGAGUGAAUGGUCAGCUUGCAGUUGCACGAGCAUUCGGAGACAAGAACCUAAAAUCACACUUGAGAUCUGAUCCUGACGUACAACAUGAUGAUAUUGACCCUGAGACUGAACUUUUAAUACUUGCUAGUGAUGGUCUAUGGAAGGUAAUGGCAAACCAAGAGGCUGUUGAUAUUGCAAUAAGGAUAAAAGACCCACAAAAAGCAGCCAAACAACUAGCUGCUGAGGCAUUGGACAGAGAGAGUAAGGAUGAUAUUUCCUGCAUUGUUGUUCGUUUCAAGGGAUGAAUAAGGGAACAUAAGUAACCCCUGAAUUUUCUGGAUAUUCAUUCUCUAUCAUCACUUUGACUAUUUUUGGGAUGCAUGCAAGUCCCUACUACCCUCCCUGCCUUUUGUUUUGAUGUCUCAUGAUAUCCAUUUUCUGUUUGGAAUUUUCUACAACAUAGGUUUUGUCCCUUUCCCUCUAAAAAUGGAAGCUCUUUAAAUUAGGUGUUGCCAUUUAGUAUUUCUUGAUUUCUUUGUGUAGGUCUAUACCAUCAUUUUUCUUUGUAAUUUGCAUUAUGAAAACGGAGCAGUGUGAAGAUGAACAUAGAUUUUACAUUCAACAUUGGAAUUAUGCGUUUGUUAUAAACACAAUGUAUGGUUUACUUGAAAUGGCCCUAGCUUCAGCGCCUUAAUCUCCGGCUAUAA